AUGGUUAAAGCAGUGAUCCUUGUUGGUGGUGAAACCACCGGCACCCGUUUCAGACCAUUGACCAUGGACUAUAUCAAGUGUCUUUUCCCAGUCGCAGGCAAGCCUAUCAUUAGCCAUAUUCUUGACAAGCUUGUGGAGGACUUGGGUAAGGACUUGGAGGAAGUGUUCCUUAUUAGUUUCUUCAAAGAUCCAUCCAAGUUUGAUGACUACCUCAAGGCAAGCAAGUCCGAAUUUCCUGGCGUCAAGCUCACUCUCUUGACCGAGCCAACUCCUAUGGGAACGGGAGGAGGUAUUUUCUCCUUCAAAGACAAGGUGUUAGCUGGAAACCCAGAUUCUCCUAUCUUGUUUAUUCAUGGAGAUAUUGUGUGUGAUUAUCCGUUCAAAGAAAUGUUGAGUUUCCACCAGGAAAGCAAGUCAAACAUCUCGAUCAUGGGCGUUGAUCCGUUAGUGCUACUCAAGGACCAAGCGUUCCAGGGUUUGGAUAAGGAGCAGGUUCUCCGUAAGUACGGUACCGUCUUUUCCAACCGUAAAUCACACGAUGUGGUGCAUUACGUGGAGAAACCCGAGUCAGAUAGCUUCGCUAAGUUUAGCGACACAAACUACCAAACCUCUAUCAAUGGUGGUAUCUACGUGUUUGGUGCUUCAAUUUUCAAGCAGCUAGAAGAGGCUAAGACCAGAAAAGAAAGUUCUCUGGACUUCGCUGCUGCUGAAAACGAUUUGGAGGACCCCUACAACCCCAGCAUCUUAUCCCUAGAGUUAGAUGUGUUCAAAUUCUUGCCUGGUAUUGAGGGUAGUAACUUUAGAGCAUUUGGUAUUGAAAAGCUGUGGUACCAAUUAUCCACCCCACAUAUUGCUUUGGCUGCAAAUGAGUUCUUCCUCAAACAAGACCCAGGCAAGCCUUCCGCAUGUUUGACUCCACCAAUCAAGAUCUUAAGUAAAUUGGGUUGUCAGGAAUGCAAGAUUGGUCCAAACGUCGCAAUUGGCUCUAACGUGAAGCUUGGUGAAGGUGUCAGGCUUAAGAACUGUAUCAUUUGCGAUGAUGUCACCAUCGGUGCCCAUACAAUCGUGACCAACGCUAUCAUUUCUCUGGGAGUUAAGAUAGGCAAAUGGUGCCGCUUGGAGGGCACUUUGAACGCACCAGUCAGCCAGGCUAGUGCCGAGAAUACCUCCUCGUUCUUGAGUAACUUGGUUGUGUUGUGUAAGGACACUCAGGUCAGUAACCAGGUGUUCGUCUACAACUCUGUGGUGCUUCCUCAUAAGGAGUUGAAAACUGAUACGAAAUACGAAAUUGUGAUGUGA